UUCAGUUCUUGGAUCAGAUACCAAUCUGAAAGAGCUGAACAUGAACAAUAAUAAUCUGCAGGAUUUAGGAGUGAAGCUGCUCUGCACUGGAUUUAAGGAUAUAAAUUGCAAACUAGAAAUACUGUGUCUGAAGAACAACUGUAUCACAGAAGGAGGUUGUCAUGUUCUGGCUGCAGCUCUAAAUUCAAACCCUUCUAAUCUGACAGAGCUGGAUCUGAGUGAGAAUAAACUAGGAAACCCAGGAAUGAAGAUCAUCUUGACUCUGUUUGAAAAUGUACAGUGUAGUCUUGAAAAGCUGAAGUUAAUUUGCAUCAGUAUUACAGAUGAAGGUUGUGCUGCUCUGGCAUCAGUGUUUAAUUCAAACCUCAGAGAGCUGGAUCUGAGCAGGAAUCAAAUAGGAGACUCUGGAGUGACAGAAAUCUCCAGUCUGCUGCGAAAUUCACAGACACUACAGAUACUCAGGUCUGAAUUUGGUUAAUCUAAACAUGAAUCAAUGUAAAGCUCCAGCUGGUCUGUAAACUGGCGCUGUGUCACAAGGAAUGGGUCAGUAAUGUGAAAUUGGUGUUGAUAAAUUUAUAAAAUAUUGACACACAGAUUGUUUUUUUAGAUGAUGGGAAAUGUUAAUAUCCUAAUGGUGUAAUGAAUUAUUUUAUUUAUUUGUUUAGUCUUUCUGAAGACUUUCAGACUGAAGUAUCACUGAAGAAGGGUACAGUUGUAAUCAAAAUUAUUCAGCCCUCUUGAUGUGCCAGACAUUUUGCUGCGGAGAACAACAGUUUAUGAAAACAAUUCAACAAAGGCAUCAGUAAAGUAUUAGAGAAAGUUUGUUAAUACACUUUUGAGAGAUUCGGAGAAAUCUGUAACAUAUAUGAAUCAUGAUGAAAUUCAAAUUGGAUUUAUACAUUUGUUCAAAUUUUGUGCAGAUUCUUUUAUUCUUUAAAAUCACCAAUAAACGCUGUCUGUAAGUGUUUAGCAGCUUCUGUCACCUCUCCACUACAGUCUUGGCCAAUUCCUCGCCUGAAAAAGCUCCCAGAUCACUGAUAAUCUUUGGUUUUCACAUUGUCACUGCUUUCUUCAAAUUCAACCAGAAAUUUUCAUUGAGAAUUCAAUCUGAACAGGCCACUCAUCUACAUUCUAUGACUGAUCCAUGAACCAAGCAGAAGUAGAUUUUGAUGUGUACUUUAGGAUGACUGUCCUGCAGGAAAGUCCAUUGAUCAUCAGCUUCAGUCUUUGCACCAAAGGCAUCACAAUUAUUGUCAAAAUGGCCUGAUACUUCAAAGAAUCCAUGAUGUCCUUCAUACGGUCAUGAUUUCCACUUUUCCUGCUACAGUUUAAAAAGCCCAUAAGAGCACUGAUCCACCUCCAAGUUUGACGAUGGAGAUGGUGUUUUUCUGCUUAUGAGCUUUGACUGUUUGCAGCAGACAUACAGCUGAUCAAUGGGUCCAAACAGUUUCAGAUUGUUCACAUUACUCCAUAAAACAUUCUUCCAGAGCUCCACAGGUCUACACAAAUUAGAUUUGGCAAGUUCAAGUCUACCUUUUGUUCUUCUUGAUCAAGAGUGGUAUUCUGCUAGAUUCAUACUUGUCUAGUGUUCUUCUUACACACUGCAUUGAAAUGCUCUUCCUCCUUUCAUCAGGUCAUCUUGCAAGUCUUUGGCUGUACAUAGGUAGGUUUUCCUCAGUUGAUCUGUGUUGUGAGUUCGUGUGGGUAAGGAAGAGGACAAGGGGUCGGCUGGACUGCUGACGUAUAUUUAUUUAACAUAAAAUAAAACAAACGUUUUCUAACACCAUAUGGUGACUUCUAUUUUGCUGCGUUCACUCGGUGCUUUCGCUUUCCGGCUUCCGGUUUC